GAGAUGGCGGUACGUGUGCCCGGCAUCCAAACACGUCGUAUACAAAUCGAAUUCUCAACGUUCACAAAUCAUUCACUCAAAAACCCAGAACUUCAACUUCCAAUCCUAACAAUCACCAUGAAAGCUCGAUUAACCUCUUCAUCAUCAUCAUUCUCACUACCUCCAUUAUCACCAAUACCCCUCAAUUUAACCUCUGAUUUCGAUUUCAACACCUCUUUCUCUCUCCUAAAUGCCAUUCUCAUUUCCCCCAAAACCCGAAAAUCCACCAUUAACAACAAUGUCUGUCUCCCCCAAUUCCUCUCAACCUCCAUUUCCAUGGAACUCAAGCUCCAAAACCCAACACCCAAUUCUGAAAUUCCGCAAAAACCCACCUCAAAUUCUGCCUUAAAAGACCUUUCAAUCUUCGAACGCGCGUCUAUCGGAGCGGGUGCCGGAGGAUCUGCCGGAGCUUUUACUUAUGUUUGCCUUUACCCGCUUGAAACUGUGAAGACGAAGCUUCAGACAAAAGGGGCUAGUCAAAUUUACGCAAAUACCCUUGACGCCAUUGUUAAGACCUUCCAAUCGAAAGGUAUUUUAGGGUUUUAUAGUGGGGUUUCAGCUGCAUUAGUUGGUUCUACUUUUUCUUCUGCUGUUUAUUUUGCUACUUGUGAAUUUGGGAAGUCGUUUUUGUCUAAAUUUGAUAGUUUUCCUCCUGUGUUGAUUCCUCCUACUGCUGGUUUAAUGGGGAAUAUUGUGUCUUCUGCUAUAAUGGUGCCUAAGGAAUUGAUUACGCAGCGAAUGCAGGCGGGUGCGAAGGGCCGGUCUUGGGAGGUUGUUGUUAGAAUUUUGGAGAAGGAUGGCAUUUUGGGGUUGUAUGCUGGUUACUCAGCUACAUUGCUGAGGAAUUUGCCUUCAGGGGUUUUGAGUUAUGCCUCGUUUGAGUGGCUGAAAGCCGCGGUUUUGAGGAAGACGGAGAAGGGGAAAAUGACACCAUUGGAGAGUGUUUGUUGUGGGGCGUUGGCCGGGGUGAUUUCGGCCUCAUUGACAACUCCAUUGGAUGUUGUUAAGACUAGGUUGAUGACUCAAGUUCAUGGGGAGGCUGUGACUAAGGUUGCUGCUGCUACAUUUGGUGGGGUUAGUGCAACUGUUAAGCAGAUUAUGAUGGAUGAAGGUUGGAUUGGUUUUACUAGAGGUAUGGGACCUAGAGUUGUUCAUAGUGCUUGUUUUUCUGCAAUUGGUUAUUUUGCAUUCGAGACUGCGAGGCUUGCGAUCAUGGAACAAUAUCUUAAGCAUAAAGAUCAGCAGUCUAAGGAGAUGAUGGCUUCGGCUCCUUCAUAACGCGGAGGAUUUUGGAUUAAGAUGACUGUUUGGUGAAUGGUGAUUCGCUUCCUGCCAUUUUUGUAUGUAGGAGAAUUUAUUAUUGAGUUUGUUUUUAUUUGAGUUGAAAUCCUGUCUCAAUGUUGUUACUUAGAUUAGCUGCUCUCUGUAGUUUAAUACAGUUGUAAGCAAACAACAUUAAAGGAGAAUAAAUAAUAAGUUAAAAUGAAAUUAUUUGGUCAAGGAUGAAAUGAUGAAUGUAAUUGUAAUUUCAUGCUGGUUUGCAUAUUGAUAUAUUAAAAAGAAGUUUGUUAUGGUUUA